AUGGCUGCGCCAAGGCGCUGCGACAUGAAUCAACCCAUGAUGCUCGGAAGGCGCACGAUGGACCCCUUCGGCUGGAUGUUUUCUGCGACAGCGAUUGGGAAGGAUGCGUGGAUCUGGAACCGGCAUCACCGCGGCAAAAAGGAUUCGUCCCGGGAACCAAGCUUCGCCACCUGGACGUUGCAGGGUUCUACGUCCAAGGUGCAGUACAAGCAGGAAAGCCUUGCUGAGAAAGGUAAAGGGCACGGAAAACCCGGCGAACUACCUGACCAAGCGCCCAAAAACUGCAACGAGGUUGCGCAAGCUUUGCCAUCCCUGGCCAUGGUUGAUCCCAACCUAGUCGCGGCAACCUCCGCCUUGGAGAGGCACUCGGUGAAGCUUGCGGGCGAACCCGCUGCAACCAUGCUGUUGGGGCUGAUGACCUGGUUGGUUCUCCUUUGGUUUGUGUGCCGAAGGGCAACGGGAUGCUGCAGCCGAGCGCUGCAAUGGUGGCCAAGAAGCCGGCAGCCGGAAGUCGAGCCCGAGGAGGAAACUGAGGCCACACCCUUAACUGAAGAACCGCCAGCUGGACUGGCGACGCCACCUACCGCUGUGGUGGACCUCUUCCGCACACCGGCGCGGGCGAGGCAGCCGCAAGACCUUCGACCACCAGCUCCCGAGCCGGAACCUCACGAUGGGGAUGCGGGCAGCGCCGCCGCAGCACAGCCUGCGCAGAGCGCGGCCACACCGCCGGCAGCGGCACCCCCGCAGAACUACAAUGUGGAGAUUCUUCGGGCGAGGCGUCGCCCGCAACAGCCAGGACCGCGCCUACCCCCAGCGCCGCAGCACAACUUUGCUGAGAUGGAUUAUGCCCCCCACACGAUGCACGGUUCACCUCUACAGGAAUUGUGUGGGACUAGCCUCAGUACAACCCAGGGACAUCAUCACCGAAAAUCUUUGCCUCACCUGCUGGGGCGGGAUGAUCAUAGGAACGAGGCACGCGGAUAG